AUGAAAAAAAAGAGACUUGUUCAAAUUGUAAAUUUUGAUGUGUUGAAUUGUCUCAAGCAAAUGCCAACACACAUAUAUUUUGAUAGCGACGAUGAACGUGAUGAUUUUGACAUUGAACGUCGUCUGAUCAAUACAUUUCAAAACAAGUUAAUAUCAGCGUCUAUUGAGAGCAGCGAAGAUGAUGAUGAAGGUAUAAUCGACGGUACAAAGGUUCCAUCGUCAACCAAAUUGAAGCAACGUGCUCGACAUUCCUUUUUGGACAUUUCAACUCUCUCGUCAUCGUCAUCGUUGCCGGAACACGCACAAAACGAUGAAGUUGAAAAUGAACAAAAUCCAUUCGAUAUCAUUUCCAAAUCUAUCGACAUUGAAAAUAUUAAACCAAUGAAAAAGAGAAAAAGUCUCGGCGUACCAAAAUCGAGGGUUCUUCUAGAUUCAACCGAUGUCUACGAUCAAGACGAAAGUAACCAUAGUCGCAAGUCAAACGCAAAAGUUUAUGAUGGUGACGAUGAUGAGGACCACAUUCAACCAAAUAGAAAGAAGUCAACCGAGAAAUCAAAAAUACGAAAACCAACGAAAGCAGCAGUUUUGGAGACAGAACGAAAAAUGCAACAACUCAGUCGAUCUGAACACUUGGUAUUACCGACUUUCGUACCAAAACCAUUGGAAACAUGGCAUGCAUUGGAAAAGCGAUCUCGACAAGAACUUAUGAAUGAAAUUCGUGCAAAAAAUCCUUCGUUUACACCACAAGAUCCAGAAUUACCGGAAUUACCUGUCGUUGAUGCGGAACCUACCGCUGCUUCGACUUUAGCUGAUUUAACAAAAUUAAUUGACGAUAAACCGAAACCAGUAUCGAAUACGCUCAAUAAACUAAGUCGAUUUCUCAAUCCUGAUAUUUUAAAAAAGAAACCGACUAUGUCAACUGUCGCCAAAGAAUCAGUUACAAUGAUUGAUUUAACCGAUACGAGCAAAGCACCGAACCACCCUUCUAUAAAGUCGACUUUUAACGUCGCCUUUGAUGCUGCUAAAUCUCCAUCAUCGAGUAAGAAAUUAUUCGAAAUGCAGAAACAACUUGGCAUUCGAAUGCAAGCAAAACGAGCAGCUAUGUUAGCUGAAAACGUUAUCAAUAUCAAAGAUGACGACGAAGAAGAAGAGGAGGAAGACGAAAUAAAUGAAGUUGAUGAUGAUUCAAUGGAUACUACCAAUGAAAGUAAUGAUGCAAAUUCAGAAGUUAUAUCAACUAUUGAUAAAGAAAACGAUGAUUUUCCAGUGGAUGAAGAGACGAGACAAUCAAUCACUGAUGAAGAAGAGAAUGAUGCGGAAGAAGAAGAAGAAGAGCAGGAGGAGGAGGAAAAGGAAAAUACACAGUCAACGUCGAACCCUAAUCGACCUUCGCUGAAGACAAUACUCACGCGUUUGGAAUCAUCUAGCGAACCAAUACAACCACAACCAGUAGAACAAAACGGUCAGACUGAAUGGUUUAAUUCUGCACGCCCGGCUCAAUUUGAUUCUGAACUUGAAAUGCUUUGUUCUGGUGCAUUUGGUGGAGACGACAUAAUCCCUGUAUCACAAAAUUUCACGCGGCCUGAACCAAUGGCUUUCUCUCCAUUACCACCAACACAAAAUAAAGACAUUGAACAAGAUGAAGAUAUCGUAGCGCCACGUCCCAAAGUUCGUCAGUUAAUCGACGAUGAUGACGAAGACAGUGGUUCAAAGAAACAAUCAACUGGAAGUAGUAGUAAUGACAUUGAGAAUAGUGAAGAUGAGAAUGAAGAACAAGACGAACAAGAAAAUGAAGAGUUGAUUGACUAUAAGAAACAACUAUUUGAAAUGGAAGCUGAAGAAUCAGGAAGUGAUAUCGAUGAAAAAGAUAAAGAUAAUGACGAUGAAAGUGAUAGCGACGAUGAUGAUGAAGGCGAUGAAGAAUUACGGAAAUUUAUUGAUACAGCAGCUGUUGAAAUCGACGAAGAUGAAGCUGAUAGCAUGGCUAAAGUUCAUCUGAAAAUCAAAGCGAAAGAGGACGAACAUCAAUUGAAGUUGCUCAAAGAACAAUAUCUUGAUUUUGAUGGUGAAGAUGAUGGGCGACGAAUAAAACUUUCGAAAAAUCCAAGAGACGAUGAUAACGAAGAAGAAGAUGAUCCUGAUUAUAACAGCGAAAUGGCAGAAGAGGAAGACGAUGACGACGAAGAUGAAGAAGAAGACCCAACAAAUUUGAAAGAUCGAAUGAGUGAACUUGAACGACAGCGUUCUAUUCAAGACACUCAAGCUGAAGAACUGCAUCUAGACGAAGAUUUAGAUAGUAUUGGCCAAAAUAGUUUAAUGUUUAAGAAAGGUCUAGUUUUAAAACAGAAGAGAAUUCAAAGUACGACAACAUCAUCACAUGUUGAAUCGACUACACAAAUAGCAACGACCAGUUCCACAACAAAGAAAACCAAUCAAACUCGCUCUGUUACACUUAGUUCUGUUCUACUAGCCAAACGAUUCAGUUCGGCACUUUUAGUACCAAACAAUCGAAGUAAUGUUGCAGCACCAAAUUCGACAAAUACAAACGAAACAACAAUGACAACUAAGAAACAACAUAAUCCUCGACGACAUGUUUUUGCAACGAAUGUAACAUCAACAGCUAGUACGAACGAAAAUCAAAAUCCAAUUCAACCGAGCACAUCAUCCGGUGAAAAACGAUCGAAUUCAACAGAUAAGUCUCCAAAGACAAAUAUUAAACGAUUCAAACAAUCCACAACUACAAUGACGACGACGACAACAACAUCAACUGUAAGCAAAGAACCGUCGACUAGUGUAUUUUCCGCUUUAGCACUUUCCAAUACACGUCGUUGA